UGUGGAAAGAGUGAGAGAGACAUGAGGCAGCCAGGCAGGAAGCGAGAAAGUGUUCGGCGGAGAAGGAGUGAGUUUUAGAGACGCCCGGCGAGCAGGACCUGCGCCUGCGGGAGAGCGUGGCCGCCGGGGCUCCUCGCCUCCUCUGCUUGCUCUGCUGUGUCCGCUUUCAGAACCCCGAGCGAAGAACAGUUCCCGGCAGCCCGCAGCGCUGUCAAGGGGCCGCCGCCGGCCAGGCUACCUGGAGCCUUGACCUGGCUCAGGGGCACCCUCUGAGAACCCAUCUUCUCCCCUCUGUUGGUGUGCAAGUCAACACGGGGGGGAAAGCAUCCGGCAGCCUCAGGGAGCCCUAAAGAAGCUGAAGCAGAAUGUACCAGGGACACAUGCAGGGAAAAGGCUCUAGGGCGGCAGAUAAGGCUGUUGCCAUGGUGAUGAAGGAGAUACCGAGGGAGGAGUCUGCUGAAGAAAAGCCCCUCCUUACUAUGACAUCACAGCUGGUGAAUGAACAGCAAGAAAGCAGACCCCUCCUGAGUCCCUCCAUCGAUGACUUUCUCUGUGAAACCAAAUCGGAGGCAAUAGCAAGGCCAGUAACGUCCAACACAGCCGUAUUGACCACAGGUUUAGAUCUCCUUGACCUGAGUGAACCCGUCUCUCAAACCCAAACCAAAGCCAAGAAGUUGGAGGCCUCAUCGAAAACCUCAUCCCUCAAGAAAAAGGCUGAUGGGCCUGACCUCAUCAGUGCGGAUGCUGAGCAGAGAGGCCAGGCGCUCCGAAACUCAGAGACGGCAUCCCUAGACUUAGUAGACAUUCAAACACAACUGGAAAAAUGGGAUGAUGUUAAAUUUCAUGGAGAUCGAAAUAGCAAGGGACAUCCCAUGGCAGAGAGAAAAUCAAGCUCAUCUAGAACUGGAUCAAAAGAACUUUUAUGGUCCUCAGAGCACAGAUCUCAGCCAGAACUGAGUGGUGGGAAAAGCGCCCUGAACUCUGAGUCGGCUGCAGAGCUGGAAUUGGUGCCUCCAACACAGGCUCGACUGACCAAAGAACAGCGCUGGGGAAGUGCAUUGCUUUCCAGAAACCACUCCUUAGAAGAGGAAUUUGAAAGGGCAAAAGCAGCAGUGGAGUCAGAUACAGAGUUUUGGGAUAAGAUGCAAGCAGAAUGGGAAGAAAUGGCCCGGAGGAACUGGAUAUCGGAGAACCAAGAAGCCCAGAACCAGGUUACAAUCUCAGCUAGCGAGAAGGGAUAUUACUUUCACACUGAAAACCCCUUCAAGGACUGGCCUGGAGCAUUUGAAGAAGGCUUAAAAAGGCUGAAGGAAGGGGACCUGCCGGUUACCAUCCUGUUCAUGGAGGCAGCAAUUCUUCAGGACCCUGGAGAUGCAGAGGCAUGGCAGUUCCUCGGGAUAACCCAGGCAGAGAAUGAAAAUGAACAAGCAGCUAUUGUCGCCCUCCAGAGGUGCUUAGAAUUGCAGCCCAACAACUUGAAAGCUUUGAUGGCUUUGGCUGUGAGUUACACUAACACCGGACAUCAGCAGGAUGCCUGUGAAGCUUUAAAGAAUUGGAUUAAGCAAAAUCCAAAGUACAAAUACCUUGUGAAGAGCAAGAAGGGAUCUCCAGGCCUCACCCGGCGGAUGUCUAAGUCUCCCAUUGAUAGCUCUGUUCUGGAAGGAGUGAAGGAAUUAUAUCUAGAAGCUGCCCACCAAAAUGGAGAUAUGAUCGACCCAGACCUACAGACAGGUCUGGGGGUACUGUUCCACCUGAGUGGAGAAUUUAAUAGAGCAAUAGAUGCAUUUAAUGCUGCCUUAACUGUUCGGCCAGAGGACUAUUCAUUGUGGAACCGCCUCGGGGCGACCUUGGCAAACGGUGACCGCAGCGAGGAAGCCGUGGAGGCGUACACACGAGCGCUGGAGAUUCAACCAGGCUUCAUCCGGUCCAGAUACAACCUGGGGAUAAGCUGCAUCAACCUGGGCGCCUACAGAGAAGCGGUCAGCAAUUUUCUCACUGCCCUCAGUUUGCAAAGAAAGAGCAGGAAUCAACAGCAAGUUCCUCAUCCUGCAAUCUCUGGGAAUAUCUGGGCUGCCCUCAGAAUUGCCCUUUCUCUGAUGGACCAACCAGAACUCUUCCAGGCAGCUAAUCUCGGUGACCUGGAUGUCCUCCUAAGAGCUUUCAACUUGGAUCCUUGAAGGAAAAGAAAAGAAUAAAAAGAAUCCCUGAUCUGUGUAAUUGUACUGAGAAAUGCAAAACUAUUUCAUUAUGAACUCCAAAAAGGAUAAAACGGAUGUUCAAAAGGCUAUGGUGAUAUAACCCAAGGGAAUUCCUACAGACAAUACCCAGUCUCUGUUCAGAUCCAAAAGCACAAAACAUUAUAUAGUCAAGGUCAGGCUCAAAAGAAGAAUUGAUAGACACAAACCAAGAUUAAGUAACUGUGUGAAUACUCUUCACAAGCUGCAAGCAUAUUGCAAGUUUGUUCUUUGGGGUUUUGUCCCCACUUGCAACUGAUGACACAUCUAAGGAACUUGCUCAUGGGACACCUGGAGAAAGCACUGCCUUGGAUCAGGGAAUUGUGUUUCUGAACUGUCCCCUGAAAUUCCCCCUUUUACCAGAUUGAACAUAGUUUGGGCCAAGGUGCAUGCACAUAUAUUAACUCUUGACUGAAGAGAGGCAUUGCUUAAACCUGUUCCAAUUUUAACUUUUAUUGUUGCCCUUUGAUUCCAGAGAGGGAGCUUUGCUGGCAAAAGCAGUUUUUGCACUAGAAAUUUUUGCUCUUCCCAAUCAAAACUUUUCUGGGAUUGUAUAUAUGCACUUUAAUAUCUUAUUUAUGCCUUGCUGGAGUUUUGUUUUGUUGCUCCAAUUUUUAACUUGGAGGUAAAAGAUUAGAGAACUCAGCCUUGUUUGAUCAACGGACCAAAUAACAGUUCCUGAAAAUAGUUUUUCAUAGCAUAGCGUUUUGAAGGAACGUUUUUCUUAAAGCAGACAUGACAUAGGGUGUAAUAUGUCAAACACAGAUCUUAUUCACAUGCUUUUCUGGGACUGUAUGAACUUAAGCAAGAGAUAAGGUAGUAUCUCUUCACAGAUUCUGUGCGGGAAGAAAGUUUGAUGAUAUUGUGAUUUCUACUGAGUUAACGUUAACUUGCUUAAAUGUCGUAUUUUCCUUGCUUUCUAACUGCUCUGCACAGUUAAUAUUCCUUUUAAAUUGUUAACACUUUAAAUAGUAUUUAAGAGUGAUAAAUACAUCUUUUCCUUAAAAUUGUGUUUUCUUAGUUCCAUAAUAAUAUGCACUGCUCACCCUUUUGCAUUCUAAGUGAUAGAAGAUCAGUACUUUCUAGCUGAACCACACUGAAUGUCAGUGGUUUAAUAUGAAAGAUGCAUGCCUGGCUUUCACUUUGCACAUUUGUCAAGCAUCGGGAAUUCUCUGCUGGCGGUGGUGGUUAAUUGGUUACCUUCCACUCAGUUCUUCAGAGCGUUUUGUGCCUGUUGGGAGUUUGGUGAUUAGUUGGAAAGACACCAUUCUUUUUUAAAGAAUUAGAAAAAUUGUUUGCAAAAUGGUAACCAAAAUAUAAUUUCACUGAUGGUCCAAUUCUAGUAAUUUAUCCUGGGAAGUUGUCCCAUUCUUCUUUAUUGUGUCUCCUUCCUUCUUCCAGAAUCUUCCCCAAAGCAAUCUGAUCCCAACUUUUUCUUCAUAUUCUUUGGUUAGUAAUAGCUGGUUACAUUCGUGAUUAUAGUUACCCUGCAAAACAGCAUUUGGGUCAAGAGUAUAGUUGA